AUGGAGGAACGCUCGGCGAGCGACAACGAAGCGCCGGCGGCCCAGGAGUCGCCGGGCCCAGAGCGGCCCCACGCCCCUCAUGGGUCGCCAGCCUCCGUGAGGUCUGCGGCGUCUGGCGGGCCGCCCGCGACCGCCAGGUUGCUGGCGGCCGACGAACCGGAGGCGUCCGUGAGGUCGCAGGCGCGCGCCAAGUCCAAGGCGUUGGAGGCAGCGCACUCGCUGGGGCCGUCGCCUCCCGCCGCGGACGACGACGACAUCGUGGUGGUGUUCGCCGGGACCCCGGCCGUCGUGCCGGGCCCCGUGGCGGGCGCGUGCGGACUCACAGUGCUGUGCCUGAUACUUCUCUCCGACGGCUACCGGCUAGAGGUAAACCAGAACGUCACCGCCAUGCACUUCCCUUUCAUCGUGUUCUCGUCCUUCACCCUCAUCACCGGCGUCAUUCUCUUGGGCUACAUCAUGGGAAUGAAAAUGCGGGAGCUGCUGGGCAUGAUAGAGGAGGGGGACACGGACGAAUUGGGCUUCUCGGUGACGUCCAUCCCGCGGCGGCGCAUUUGCUUCGUGGCGCAGGUGCUGCUGUCCUUCGUCGCCUCCGUCGUCUACCUGAGCGACGUCGUCUUCUCCUACCGGCGCACCAUGCGGAUGCUCAACUGACGGCGAUCGCUUACGAAACUAGCGAAUUCGGCGGAGGGCUGUUCAUUGCCUGACCAUUGUUAAGGUCUGCCCAAAGAACUGGAUUCAGAGCAGUGUCCGGGAAAAUGCGACAGGUUUUGCCUAGGGUCACUUCCCUCAUCUCGCUCCCGGGUCCUUCUGCAUCCCCUCUACGAACCAAGUCCUCCCAGACCAGAAGUGCUGUGCAUAGCGCCGGUGGCAACCGUGGGCUCGCAGUUGCAUUGGGCGGUGGCCUUACCGCCACAGUUGUCCGCAGGCAUGACAUAAAAGCUGUAUAAAAAACUGUAUACGCUACAAGAAUCUAAAAUUAACAGUUUCCAUCUUACUUUCCUUCUUACCAUCUUUCCAUCUUACAGUUUACAUCCUUACUUCCUUACUUUCUACGAAUCACAAAUAUAUAUAAAACUAAAUAAUGUAUUUUAAGUAUUGUUUUUAUAUUAAUUUUGUUAAAUAACUGUAAAAAGUGGAAUAAAUAAAAAAGAUAAAAUAUAAGAUUAAGAUUAACAAAUUUCACGAAUGUACAAAUAAAAUAAACAUAUGUGAAACUGUAAUUGAAAUUGAGCCGAAGAUCAUCAUUAUCAUUUUGACUAUACUGUCAAUUAUUAAUCGAAUAAAAUAAUAAGUA